AUGGCCGACGUAAAGCCCACCGACGAGCAGAACUACCCGCAAAUGUGGGAGCACCGCUGGGACAGCAAGAACACGGCCUGGGACCAGGGAACCGUUCACCCCGCGCUCUCUGAAUUCCUAGCCUCCCCUGCGGCCGAGACCGCCGGCGUCCCCACUUCCGGAAAGGCGCUCGUUCCCGGCUGCGGACUGGGUUACGACGUGGACCUCUUCGCACGCCGGGGACUCGACGCGACGGGCCUCGACGUCGCUCCUACUGGUGCGGCCAAGGCUGACCAGUGGGUCAAGAGUCAGAGUGGACAGAAGGGGAGUGCGCAGGUCGUGUGUGGUGACUUCUUCAAGUGGUCGCCAGAGGAAAAGUUUGACCUGAUUUACGACUACACCUUCCUCUGCGCCCUUCCCCCUACUCUCCGUCCACAGUGGGGCCAGCGCAUGACCGAGCUCUCCAAGAACUCUCCCAAUACGCGCCUCAUCACCCUCCAGUACCCACUCCAGGGCAACCCCUUGCCAUUUGGCCCGCCUUUCGCUCUCGAGGAGAGCGUGUACCGCGACGUCCUAGGGGACGCGUGGGAGGCUGUCUACGACGAGGCCGUGUUGGAGGAGCAGAAGCGCAAGAACGCGCCCCCGGGUAACGAGCGCCUCGUUGUCUGGAAGCGCAAGUAG